AAACGGGAAAACGGGAAAAACGAAAUUUAAUACAAAACACGCACGAUCGGUUGUUGAAGCAUUAGCAGCAAAGUCUACCGGUUCCGGUACCACCAGGCAAAGGAAGGGAUUAGCAUGACCUGGCGAACGAUGAAACCUUUGGCCCGCGAGCAAUCGUCAGCGUUCUGCAUCAGCACCACCGUCGGUCUGUUCCUGUUCGGGGCGCUCGUCCUAGCGGUGGUGACCGAUGCCGAUCCGAUGGUGGAUAGUGCCAGCAGCUUGUACGGCGAUAACAAACAUGCAAGCGAUAAGCGCCCGUUCUUCGUUGGUAGCCGGUACGGACGAUCGCACGUGUACGGUGCGAAGGAUUUGCGGCAGGUGAACGUGGUACCGCGUAAUGAUCGCUUUUUCCUUGGCUCACGGUACGGCAAACGGUCCGACCUGACGAAGGAAAUCGAAUCCGACAGCAAUAAUGGUAUUGCCGAGCUGACCUAUCUCGCCUGUCUGCAUACGGGCGUUUCGAACCUUUACCGAUGCUACAGUCGCGAUUCGUCCUCGGGUGCUUUACACCAGCAGGACGCGGAUCAAUACGAUCAGCAGCAGCAGCAGCAACAGCACCAAUUCAACGAUAAUGUCGACCUGUCGGAAAAGUAAUCAAAGCAAACUGGGUGCGAUCGAUGCAACUAGCCUACUGCUGCUACAAUCGGCAGCGGUACACAUCGUUACAAACGUCAUGCUAUUUAAUCCGUUCCUUCCUCAUUUAUCGGGCAAACAAAAAAAAUGAAAAAAGAUACAAUAUGACAAAAAAACAAACGAAAGAAAGAAACAAUUCUUAAUUUGCCAAUGUAAA